CGUAAUGGGUGGAAGUGACGCUCCUUUUCUUGGGUUUUCAGUCCCAGACUUCCUAAAUCAGUCAGUUCCAAAAUCCCCACAUAGAGGGAGCCCAUGCGCACCGAGGAACCGACGCAUGGAAAUGCUGAAUGAGUGAGUGAGAGUGCACAAGCGAGAGGAGAGAAAGAGAGAGGAGUGGUGGUCGAAACCCAAAAAGGAGGAAUAAUGUCAGAGGGGACAUUCACGCAGGUUUGAUGCGCCACCUUUCAACUUUGGAGAAGUCGGGAAGAGCGCGUGAAUGCCCUGACAAGUUGAUGAGAAGGAAAAGGAAGACUCACUAUUUUUAAAUGUGAGCUUUAGGGGGGGCGUGGAUGGCAGAGGAGCAGCAGGCAGCACGCUGGUCCUUGGCUGCAGUUGCAGCGAAGAGAUGUGCGCGAUGGAGGCGCGUCGCUGCGCGUAGACGCGGAUCCUUUUGGCGACCGCCAGUCGUUUUCAACCUUUAAUUGGAAUUAUUUUUACAUUUUUGUAUUUCUACUACAAACAUAUAAGACCAAAGGAAGGACGCAAACUGGUGAAUUUGCGCUGCGUAACGGAGGAAGUCAGUUUUUCGGAGUCGCUGCGCUUGGAUUUAAGGAAGCUGGUUACGCACAGUAAGGCAAUCUCUUAAAAACACGUGGGACCUUUAAAGGUGUUUCAAAUGAAUCUAAACGAGUCUCAGUUCAUUUGUUAAUGAUUGGCACAAAGAAGGGCAAAGUCUUCAGUCGGUUUGAAUAUUUUAGUACUUAGAUUUUGAACCUUUUCCAUGGAGAAUCUCGACAUUCUUUAAUCCAGUCUUGAUGCCUCCUAACAUUUAGCAACAAGCUGACACUGUCAGCCUUAUAAUGCGCCCGAAACGCCGAAUGUGAAGCAGAAAUCAGCGCAGUUUCCUCUGACUCCUUCGAAAUGACAAGCAGCACCGGACCUGUCAUUGUCUACGAGUGGCUCAAGACGCUCCAACUCCCCCAGUAUGUGGAGGCUUUCGUGGAUAAUGGAUAUGACGACCUGGAGGUCUGCAAACAGAUCGGAGACCCGGACCUGGAUGCCAUCGGCGUGUACAUCCCGCACCACCGACAGAGCAUCCACGAGGCGGUGAGGAGGCUGAAGGAGGACGCCAAGGAGACGUCCAGCGGGCUGUACUUCACCCUGGAGCCCAUGCCACCUGCAGCCGAGAUCUAUGCCGGCCAGCUGGUGGAGUACGAGUCUAAAAUGAGGGGGUCCAGGUCCUGGACUGAGCCCAACAGUGAGCGGCUUGGGCGCAACGGUGGAUACGUGGGCGCGCAGAGGAACCUGACGCUGGGCAACAGGAGAGAACUAGUGAUUUACCCCAAACUGAAGCUGAAGAUCAUGAUCAGGGAUAAACUCAUCAAAGAUGGGAUCAACCUGGCUAAGCCGCCCUACUCUAAUAAGGAUGGUUCGCUGGGCAACAUAGAUGACCUUGCUCAGGAGUACUCCGAGUACUACAACACCUGCUUUAGUGACGUGAGCGACCGCAUGGAGGAGCUUCGGAAGCGCAGAGUCUCCCAGGACCUCGACAUGGAGAAACAGGACCACAGCAGUACCUCUCUGCAGCUCCGAAAUGAAAUCCAGGAAUCCUUGGGCUUCAGCAGUGAGGUGUCCACUCCUGAAACAGACAGGAAAAUGCCUUUGCACAAAUCCAGCUCUGAAGAUGGAUCUGGAGGCAAAUGGGACAAUAAGAAGAAAAACAAAUCCUUCUGGCAGAACUUCCGCAAAUCUCAGCACAAACCCGUGGCUCGACAGACAUCCAAAGGAGAGGAUAUUGGCUACGUGGCCAGUGAGAUCACCAUGAGCGAUGAGGAGCGAAUCCAGCUGAUGAUGAUGGUGAAAGAGAAGAUGAUCACUGUAGAAGAAGCUCUGGCUCGGCUGAAGGAGUAUGAGCUCAACAAACAGUCCUGCAGUACUGACACUGCAGAGUGGACUGAAGGAUCCGCGUCCAAUCUAAACCAGUCCUCAAACUACGACCAGUCUCGAGAGCAGUCGGAUGACGAGCAAUCAGAGGACUCUGUGAAGUUCAAACGGCUGCACAAAUUGGUUAAUUCGACACGUCGAGUUAGGAAAAAACUCAUCAAGGUGGAGGAGGGCAAGAAGCACGCCCCCGAAGACUUCCUGAACCUGGAGUUGCCCCUGACCUGCGAUGACGGCACCGCUCUCUACACGGGGGUUCUGAAGAAGCCCACCUUGCACCAGGAGGCUUCUCUGCCGUCCCUUCCUCACGAUCAGCUCUCUCUGGACGGAGACACCGACAGUUUGACCACCUCCCCGUCCUCCAGCAGCCUGGACACCUGGUCCGGGCACAAGCUGGUCAAAACAUUCAGCAAGUCUUCCAGCACCCACGGUCUGAUCCGGCCCCCCAGGAGGACCCCCGCCGGCUCCAGCGCCCUGGGAGGCUCCGUCUCCGGCGUCACGGGCAGCGGCUCCUCCUUCUCGGAGCUCGACGCGUGCGAAUUGGACGAUGAGGGGAAGCUGUCGCGCUCCACGACAGACGGCGAGAUGAGAAAGGCGCUGAGCUCCAUCUCCCACGGGGUAAGUAACAACGAGGCGCUCUACGCCUUCUACGGCCUCACCAAACCCCGCCCCAAGCCCCACCCCCAGUCCCGCCUCCUGAUCUCUCUGGAAGACGGCCCACCGGGGAGCCCCAAACACCAAGCUGCCAAUCGGCUCCGGGGAAGUUGGACUCAAAGGAAACCCGACCCCAACUACGCAUACUCCACCAAGCACCUGCUCUACCAGCGCUCGCGCAGCGCCAAGUCCCCCAUGUCCGUUACCCCGUCCUCCCCCGUCCACUGUGACGUAGCCAAAUCGAAGGUGUUCGGGGCCGGCGGAGGGGGCUGGGCGUUCCCGCCUCGCCGGCUGCGCGGCCGAACGGCGGUCAGUGAGCUCAACAUCACCUAUGUGGUGGAGCGGAGCCUGUACGGUCACCUCAACUGGGCUCAGCUGGUGCGCCCAGUGACCCUCAGCCGCGCUGAGCGCCGCUGUCUUUUGGAGGACGACCGCGAAGUGGACAGGAAGUGGGCGGCCAGCGUGGACCGCUGCACCAAGCGGGUGCUCUUGCGCAUCCAGCAGAAGUCUAGAACAUGCAGCUUCGGGGGCUUUGACCUGUCCAACCGCGCUCUCCAUGUGGUCAACGCCGGCUCCGAGGCCAACAAUAAAGAGCAGGAAGCGAUAUACAGAGAAGUGGUCAAAUCCCCUAAUACAUCUCGCAUCUCGCUGGGCAAGAAAGUCAAGUCGGUGAAGGAGACGAUGAGGAAACGCAUGUCAAAGAAGUACAGCAGCUCGCUGUCUGAACAGUCCAGUCAGGAUGGAGCCCCCAGAUCUUCACAGUCUCCUCUACCAGACAUGGACUCUCUGGAGAAACCCAAGCUGAAGGCUGGAGGCUCCGUGGAAAGCCUGCGCAGUUCACUGAGUGGACAGAGUUCAAUGAGUGGUCAGACUGUGAGUACCACCGACUCCUCAGCCAGCAACAGGGAGAGUGUGAAGUCUGAGGACGGCGAUGAUGAAGAGCCCCCCUAUCGAGGACCGUUCUGUGGCCGUGCCCGGGUCCACACAGACUUCACCCCCAGUCCCUACGACAGCGACUCCCUCAAACUAAAGCGAGGUGAUGUGAUCGACAUCAUCAGUAAGCCACCUAUGGGGACAUGGAUGGGCCUUCUCAACAACAAAGUGGGGACCUUCAAGUUCAUUUAUGUGGAUGUGCUGAGCGAAGAAGAGGAGAAGCCCAAACGGCCCGUGAGGAGAAGGAGGAAGGGCCGACCACCCAAACCCACGUCUGUGGAGGAGCUGCUGGAGCGCAUCAACCUUAAGGAGCACAUGCCCACUUUCUUGUUCAACGGCUACGAGGACCUGGACACCUUCAAGCUGCUGGAGGAGGAGGACUUGGAGGAGCUGAACAUCAAAGAUCCCCAGCACAGAGCCAUGCUGCUCACGGCUGUUGAGCUGCUGCAGGAAUACGACAGCAGCAGCGAUCCAGAGCGCAGCGGCUUAACUGGAUCCCAGGAGAAGCUGCUGUCGGAGGGUCGAGGCCUGGUGGGAGACUCUCCACGGGACUCCGGCUGCUAUGAGAGCAAUGAGAAUCUGGAGAAUGGUAAAAACAAGAAGACUUCCUGUUCCGGCCGUUCUUCUACGGGACUCCAGUCUCCAAACUACCCCACUCUGCCCAUCACUAUUUCAUCAGAAACUCUCCAGCAGAACGGCAAAAACCAACGUCCCAAGUUCCCCAAAAGCUUCUUUAUCAAACCCUCCCUGAAGGGCUUCAACCUCCUGGGGCUGCGCAAAGCCCAAAGGCCGCGGCCCAUCCCGGCCAGUCGCAGCUGUGAGGACCUGGACGGUCCUCAACAGCAAACCGGGACCUGGAAGCGUUCCCACUCUUUGGGAGAUCUGCAUUUGGAGGAUUCCCGUAAACCAAAAGGUGAACUCAGUUUGAUGUUGAGCAAGGAUGGGGCUAAAUCGGGCACCAAGGACUGCAGGGAGGGGGGUUCCCCAACCCAAAGUGGGAGUCCAAAGGGAAAACCGGACCGACCCUCCGUACCCUCCCAACUGCAUCUGCGCUCCCCGCCAGCCUCCAGCCCUCCAGAGCCUCUCCUAACUUCCACUCCAAGUCCGCCUGAUUCUAGCACAAGCGGGGAACGGAUCAUCAGGACUCAUCCCAAAAAGCCCCCCAUCCCACCCCCAGUCCCUGCCAAAAAAUCGAAAGAAAGGCUGGCUAAUGGGCUCCGCCACCCACCCCUCUCCCUGCCCUCCACGCCGUCCCCCACCGCCUCGCCCACCCACUUCCUCAACCGCUCGCAACCCAGCAGCCCCAUCAUCCGCAGCCCCAGCCCCGUCCGCAGUGCCCCUCCCCUGCCCGCCAAGACCCCCAGCACGCCGGCCAGUCCGCGUGCGGCCCCGUCCUCCGCAUCCAUGCCAGAAGAGCCGGGGUCGCCUCCAGCAGUCCAGCCUCCUUGGGUCUCAGAUCUCGGAGGUAAAAUGGCGAUCACAAGGAAAGCGUCCCACUCCAAGAUGAGUCCUGACCUGCUGACGCUCCUGGAGCAGCGGCUGCAGGCGGAGGGCAUCGACCUGACCGAGGAGCCUUACUCUGACAAGCACGGCAGAUGCGGCGUCCCCCAGCUGCUGGUACAGCGCUACUCGGAGGACCUGGAGCAGCCGGUCAAAGACGUGGCCCCCCUGCUGGACCAGCUCCGAGUCAAAGAGCUCAGAAAGCAGCACCGCAUGGCGAUCCCCUCCGGCGGUUUGACUGAAAUGUCCCGGAAGCCCGUGUCUUUGGGGAACAUCAGCACCGUCUCCGAUUGGCUCGUCUCCAUCGGCCUGCCCAUGUACGCCUCCUCUCUGACGGCGGCGGGCGUCAACACGCUGAGCAGGGCGGCCUCGUUAACCGAGAGCAGCGUGUGGGAGGCCGGCGUGCGGGACGAAAGACACGCCCGCCGUCUGGUCAGCGAGGCCCGGCUGAUACACGCACACAGGGAGGUGCGGUCUUAAAAAACGCUGGAAUCAUCUCACGAGUCGCCCACUUCCUGUCAGCAUCAAGAGGAUGAUCCCGUUUCUUCUACAUGUUUACGGCGUUGAGGAGUUUCUCCCCACCGCCAAAAAAGUAUCGAGAUGCCUUUAAGAAAAUAAACGGGACGACUUCCGCUCUGAAGAUUCAAAAAAAGUCUGCUUUGAAGAACGAUAGCACACUCUUUUGUAGGACUUUGUUUUUUAAAUCCAGAAAGAGGUUUUAUACCUUCCAGGCGGCGUUUUUUGAGAGCUGGACUUCUUCUUCUUCUUCUAAUCAAUCUUUCAUGGGCUUUUUAUCACCAAACGAUGAAUAACAGCUGGUUUGGAGGGCGCUUUAUUUUAUAUCUGUAUUAUAGCAUAAAGCACAUUUUUAAUUUCCAAAUGAUCGAUGUGAUCAAUGGAAACGCGCUCUCUGUCGCUUCACCUUUAUACUCCGCAUUUGACUGUACCCGGCACAGCUCGCUCCCAUGUACCCAAACGUUUUUCCUUCUGUUGUUGUAACCACAAUCAGCUGUUACUGAAACGUCACAUUCCCGGACAAACAAAGGACGUUUGAGAUGCCUUAGCGUUUAGGACGAAAAGGGUGUUACGACUGAAAUAAAAGUCACUUUUUGAUUUG